UUGUUGUUGUUGUUUUAAGCGGUGUAAACAUAACACUAAAGGUUUUUUUUUUUAUUUUUAAAUAUUAAUACUAAAUAGUAAUAAAAUGAGUAAUGUACGUAAUUUACCGCAAAGCAAAGAAGCUUUAUUAAAAUCUUAUACAAUAAGACUAAAGGACGAUGUUAAAUCGAUGCUGGAAAAUUUUGAAGGAAUUUUAAAGCUAGCAAAAGGCGACACGGAAGCCCAGCAGCUGACGAGGAUGACGCAGUGCGAGCAGGACACAUACGAGAUGCACGUAAGAGCGGCAAAUAUCGUCAGAGCCGGGGAAUCCCUGAUGAAGCUGGUCUCUGAUAUCAAGCAGUACCUGAUUUUAAACGAUUUUCCGUCGGUAAACGAGGCGAUCGCGACCAACAGCAAGCUCUUCAGGCAGAAGCAGGCCGAGUGCGACCAAAAAUUGGCGUCCUUGAGGGACGACAUGGCUGCUGAUUUGUACGACCUUGAAGAAGAAUAUUAUACCUCAAUUUAUAAAUGAUAACAAUUAUUUUAGGAUAAUUUUUUAAUUAAUAAACUUUAUUUGUGUUCAUUAAAA